AUGGCCGUGGUCUUAGUCGGUGCGAGCCUGUCCAUCCCUGAAGAAAUUAGUUUUUUCAGUUCGGCUGCUCUGGUUACAUGUCGAAGAACUCGCAGGAAAACUAACUCUAGGAAGCGGAUCGUCGGUGUAGUGAUAAGUGCAAAUCGGAUUACCAGCAUGAAGUUCCUUCUCAUAACUUGUCUACUGGUCACGAGUUUAUUGUGCGUCCACGGGGCCGAAGAAACCGACAAGCCAGAGAUCACAAAGUUGGAGUUAGUGGAACUCGGCGAGGGUGAAAGCGACGAUGGCGAAGACUCGGAAGUUCAAAGAAAGAGAGAUUCCGGCUAUUCCUACAAGAGACCGGACAGUUUCGCGUUAGCCUCGAGAUCUCGUUUCCAAGUUGGACAAUCCGGCCACAGAGGACGUAUCGUUAAUAGACAUCCAGCCCAAAUAAACAGACCUAUCACCAAAUACGGACCGCCCGGUUACCAGAAUUCAUCUCCGAUGAGACCCGCUCCUCACGGCCAGCAGCAUCGCGAUAAAUUGCAAUUCCACGGUCAUUUCGGUCAACAGCAUUCGAACAACUUUGAUGGCCGGCCGAGUGGUUUGCUGGAACAGGGAGUUCCGAGUCCAAUUAGACAGGUUGACUUUGUCGAGCCGAAUCCAAUAUCCACUCAAAACAACGAGCCCUUCGCGACUCACUCGGCGAAUUAUUUGCCGCCGCAGAAUCAAAAGUUACCCGGCUUCGGGACGGCCCAAGCUUUCGCACACGCAGCGGCGCAGAGCGCUCAGGGCAACGACCAAGGUCAAUUGGCAAAUUUCCAGCAACAGAACCUCGCUCAAUCCCAAGGACACAUAUCGGACGCGGCCCUUUUCCUUACUCAGAACGCUCAAGCCAUACAGCAACUCUACGGCGCUCCUCCGAACGAGCAAGACUUCGCGCCGAGCAACGGUGACCAGUUCUCGGGUCACACUAAUCAAGUACAAAACGGUCAGUUUCAAAAUUUCGAAAGUGCCUCGCAAAGUCCACAAAGUUUCCCAGGCCCUUUGCCCUCGUACGCGUCCGGAACGCUGAGUAACCAGGAGACCCUGCAACAGAUUCAGUCUCUCGAAAAGGACAGAUUGAUAGUUCAGCUGCAGCGCGCGCUCGCGACCCAGGCUCAGGCUCAAGACGCAGGAAGGUACGCUGAAAAUCAGCAGAGCUUCGUUCAGAAUCAAGAUCUUCUGGCUUCCCUCGGACAGCGAAUGAAGAUUCACGGUUUAAACGCGCAACCUACCUUCGGAUCUGGCAAUACAGCUUUCAAUCAAUCACCUUUUUUGCCAGGAACGACGAUCAGUCCCGGGUUUCCGCUUAGCUACGGGCUAACUACCACCGUGCAACCCCCAACGACCACCACGCCGACGACCACGACGACCGUGCAGCCCCCGCAGGCCGCUAAAGGCGACGGAACUUCUCAGCCUGGCACCAGCGUGCCACCCUCUGCCUCCGGAGUUCCCGUCUACGGUGGUUUCGUGCCAACCUUGAUCAGUGGUACGAGCUUCCUGUCGAACGUUCCAUCGUACGGGCCAACGUUUUUCGCUCCUGGUACCGUCGCACCUGUGCAACCGUCGGGCUCGUCGCCCACGCACUUCGGCCUGCCCAUUCCCACGGAUCAAAAACCAGCCACCACGCCGGCGUCCACGACACCCUCGACUCCGACGACGGGCCAACCAGUUCCUUCUCCGCCAGUUAACACGGUGCCAGUUCCUCUGCAUCCUUUCGCUACUCCCCUGCACCCGGUGGUGACGCCUCUGCGCCCCAUUACGCCCUUGCAGCCCGUGGCGCCGACCCACGUGCACCCUGUCCACGCGCCGUCCACCCAGCCGACGUACGGCCUGCAAACGCCACUGAUUAAUCCGCUUCUCUACAAACCCAUCAAACCGGUCUAUCCGUUCUACUAUUACCAGAACGUGCCGUAUCAACUACACAAGCCAGUCGUACCGACUUACCCGUGGAGCUACGCGCCGACCUAUGCCCAAGCGAAACCGGCCCAAAUAAUCGUAUUGGUCGUCGCAGCCUUGGCGAUUUCCUGCGUAUCCAGCAGGGAGACCAGGGGCGACAUGAGAGUACGACCCCUGGCAAAGGGGAAGCGCGGUAUCAGUGAUUAUUCAGGUGGAUAUUCCGGUGGGUCGUACAGCUCUCCUAUUCACUCCAGCUCGGGAUACAGUGGUGGAUCUCUGGGAGGUUAUUCCCUGGGACACUCAUCAGGAAUUCAAAGUUUGGGAAGUUCUCUGGGUCACGGUUCCCUGGGAUACUCGCUGGGAUCCGGAGGCGGCUCAGGCCACGGACUGAGUCUUCAAGGACUCUCCUUAGGUGGCCACUUCAGUCAGCCCUCGUAUUCCGGAGGCGGAGGAUCCAUCGCGCUGUUCACACCUUCCUCGAAGACGGGUCCCGUCACUUUCGGAACUCACGGAGGUGGUCUUUCCUCGUCCAGUUCCGGCUCCAGCUCUUAUUCGACGCCGAUAUACGCGACGGGAUCUCAUGGAUUGUCCGCUUAUAGCGGUGGCUCAUCGGGCGGCAUCAGUCUUCCGGCCAUGUUGGGCUCGCACGGCUCCUACAGUCUCUCUGGAGGUUCUUCUGGCCACAGCAUUCCGAUACAAUCGAUCUCGUCGAGCUCGUCCUAUCCCGUGAGCGGCGGUUUGCUGAUCGACUCUGGAUCGCUCGGAAAAGGCUCCAGCUACGGAGGCUCUUCCCUGAGCAGCCUGCACGGGUCCAGCGGAGGUUCCAGCUACUCCAUUCCUCUAUCGAGCGGGUCUCACGGUCUCUCCUCCAGUUCAGGAUCCGUUAGCUACUCCUUGCCCGCGUCCUCCGGAUCUCAUGGACUGUCCCUGUCCAGCUCCGGUGGAUCCGGCUACUCGUUACCUUCUUCUGGCUCUCAUGGACUGUCCCUGUCCAGUUCGGGUGGUUCCGGCUACUCGUUACCGGCCUCCUCCGGAUCGUCCGGUCACCUCAGCCUUUCUAGCGGAUCCUCCGACAGUUCCAGUUAUUCCCUCCCAGUUUCCUCCGGAUCUUACUCUUCUGGAUCGUCCGGAUCCAACUCGUAUGCCCAUUACAUUCCGGCCUCUUCCGACGGCUCUUCCUACGCUUCCUCCGGAGGUUCCAGCUACUCGAGCCCCUCUUCCAGUUAUUCCAGUUCUGGUUCUAGCUACUCCAGCCCGAUUUCUAGCUACUCCAGUCCAAGUUCCAGUUAUUCCAGUCCCAGCGUGAGCUACGCUGGAACCUCUAGCAGUUACUCUGCUCCCUCUACGUCAUACGGCACGCCAUCAGAAUCCCAUGGUUCCUACUCGAAUCUGAGCCCCAGGUACGUCGGAUACACCUCGUCGAAAAGUUACGACAGCUCGAACUCCGCCAGCAACAAGUACGACACGAUUUCCUACUCCAGCCCUAAUGGAAAAUAUUAA